GCUCUGCCUUGGAAAGGGGAGGCGUUAGGACCCAGGUGGGAGGGAGCAGUGGGACUUUUUGCCCUCUUGCAGCCAGGCAGAAGAGAGGCAGGCAUUUGGACAGGAGAGAGACCUCCAGGCUGCCUGCCUCCAAUUCAUCCAGCUUCCUCUGGAGCAGCUGCGUGCCCAGCUUUGCCCCGGACCCAAAAUGAGGACCGUGUGCCGCCUCCUCCUCCUCCUCCUCUCUGUGCCAGGGCUGAUGGUCCAGGGCCAGUACGACAUUGACGACCCCUCCUACCACGACACACCGUAUGGCCCUUACGAAAUAGGCAACCAAGCCUACUACGAUUAUGCCGGCAACGACAUCACCCCACGGACCCCCGAGGAGCAGUAUCAGUACCAGUCCCAGCAGCAGAACCAACAGGAAGUGAUCCGCGCCCCGACCGCCGACAUCCCCGAAACAGAACCCACAGAGCCAGGGCCGCUUGACUGCCAAGAGGAGCAAUAUCCCUGCACCAGACUCUACUCGGUCCACAAACCUUGCAAGCAGUGUCUGAACGAGAUUUGCUUUUACAGUCUCCGCCGGGUUUAUGUCAUCAACAAGGAGAUCUGCAUCCGUACAGUCUGCGCCCAUGAAGAACUGCUCCGAGCCGACCUCUGCCGCGACAAAUUCUCCAAGUGCGGCGUGAUGGCAGUCAGUGGGCUCUGCCAGACUGUGGCCACCUCCUGCGUCAGAAGCUGCGGCGGCUGCUAAGACGGGACGCUGGAGCCCUGCCCGGAAACGCAACCCCCCCGCCGAAGAAGGAAGCCAAGUGCCCCAGCCACGGUGCCACGCCUGCCUGCCUGCCUGGCUGCCCCCUCCUGUCCUUGGAAGUCUCACCCCUGCGACGGAAAGCACAGGAGGCAGGCGGCUGCAAGCCAAGCUGUCGUCUUGUGCCCUCAGUAAUCAAGUGUGUGCGUUUCAAGGGUGUAUUACUCGAGUUUGUCUUGCAGAAGUCUCUGGCCGGAGGCCUUUGUCCUCUGCGCUGGCUUGUUUGUACAUGUCGGGCCUGAUGUAUAUUUGCAACUAGCCGGGUGUGUCCGGGGGGUGAGGAGUCCGCCUGGGUUUGGUUCCCCUUCACUGUGAACCAAGCAGGACAGGAGGCUCAUGGCAUUCCUUUCUGGAAUCUCUUUCGGUGGGGGGGGGGGCGGCGGUUUAAAUGCUUCACGGCACAGCCUCCUUUCCCCAGUAGCCCUUGCUGCCACUGGCAGUGCCAACAGCAGAUGCUCCACUUUAUAGCCACUUUCUGCCGGGCGCCCUCUUGAGUGCCCAGUUCUCCCCAGGGGAGUGUGGGCUUAAAAAACAGCCCCCCCCCAUGAACAAACCUCUUGUUGUGGCUGGAUGUACUCUCUGGCCAUGAUCCGCAGCCUUUCAAGUGGUUGACAUCUUCGGGCAGGUAACGCACCUGGAAGGUAGACCCAGACUGCGGUGAGUGGCCGUUAGGCUAGCUAGCCAGAAAUCGGGCAGCCUUUGGAAUAGCAUGUGCAUAUCCGUGGCAUUUUAUCCCAGCAAGAGAAUCUGUUGUUUUGUCAUUGUGUCUUUCCCUCCCGGUAAGUUGCAAGUCUUUUUGUUUUUUGUUUUUUUGUAUAGAUCAUUUCUUGGUUGUUGUUUCUCCUUUUUCUACAAAAACAUUUUGAAAAAAGAAAUAAACCCAAAAGUUACAACUU